GAUCAGAGAUGGCCAUGGAGAUUGAUCUGUCACUCAAGCUACAUGCUAAAGAAUUUCAUGCUGCAGAUCAUCAUGAACUAGUACUAGUAGAUCGAGAAAAGGAUCGGGAAGAUCAAAAAGAAAAAGAAAAACAAGAUCAUGAACAAGCACCACAAACGAAGGAUCAUGAUUUUCGUGAUGCAAAAUUAGAUCAAGCAGUAGUAGUACUACUUGAUGAUCAUCAGGCCACCGCAGGAGAUCAUCAAGUAGACGAUGAUGCAUUAAUAAUGGAAGUAUCUAUGGAGCAGACUAAAGAGUUUUCUUUGCUACGAAAGGAGAUGAACCGCAUGAAAGAGGAAAACAAGGUGUUGAGGAACACCGUGGAGCAAACAUUGAAAGACUACAACGAUUUACAGACGAAACUCGCCCGCAUCCAGCAAAAUAACCAAGACAUGAAGGAUCCUCAAAUAUUUCUUCUGCUCCAUGGUAAUGAUCACAACGAUAGUACUCAAGAUCAACCAAAGACAGUUGCCAAUAAUAUUCUAGAUAUCACCCCCAAAAGGCUUCCCUCUCCGUCCCACAAGGAUGGUAUCAGAGAGAGUGAAUUAGGGUUGUCACUGAGGCUACAUACGGAUUCUGAAGAACAAGAUCACAGAGUACUGCUGGAAGAUAAAGAAGAUAAUAAGGAAGAAUUGGCGACUUUUGCCACUGUACAAAACAAGCUACAGUACCGGAAUGAUCAUUUGCCGGCCGGAAUUACAAGCCAUGUUGCGUCUCCAGCCAACAGAAAAGCUAGGGUUUCGGUCAGAGUUAGAUGUGAAGCAGCAACAAUGAACGAUGGUUGCCAAUGGAGAAAAUAUGGGCAGAAAAUUGCAAAAGGAAAUCCUUGUCCCCGAGCCUAUUAUCGUUGCACUGUAGCUCCUGGAUGCCCAGUUAGAAAACAAGUGCAAAGAUGCUUAGAGGACAUGUCUAUACUGGUGACAACUUAUGAAGGAACACAUAACCACCCACUUCCUGUGGGAGCAACUGCCAUGGCUUCCACGACCUCAGCAGCAGCUUCCUUUAUGUUAUUAGAUUCGAGCAAUCCUCUUUCAAAUGGCACCUCUAACUUCACCCAGGUAUCCCUUCCUAAUUAUCAUGGUUCCCAUAUGGGUAACCCUUCUAAUUCGCAUCUAUCAAACAUUAGAAGCAUAAACCCUAAUGACCCUUCCAAAGGAAUUGUUCUUGACAUGACAAACAACAGCUCCUACAAUAAUCCUCCUCAAAUAUUCCCAAUGGCUAGCCCCUCGUAUUCACCAUCUCAACAAGCCGGUAAUUUCUCUUGGAUGCGAGGCAAUUACCCAAGUUUUCAUAAUGGCAAUCUAAUUUUUCCCAUCCCGAGAAGAAUGGAUCUGCAUGAUCAGGAUCAGAUCAAGAAUUGGAGAGAUGAAGAAAAUAAGUCAUUAAUGGCAGAAAAUGUGACGGCAAUUACUUCAAACCCUAAAUUUAGAGUUGCCGUUGCAGCUGCUAUAAACUCUUUCAUCAAUAAAGAGAGUCCUACAAGUACUCAUCCCGUGGGGACUCCAUUAUCUGGUCCUAGGGAUCAUGGGGAGAUCAGUAGUACUACUGGUAGCUCUAAUGGCAACAACUGGGUUCUCGAAUCUCUCUUGGGAAAUGGUAAUAAGCCACUCGGGCAAUCACCUUAAACACUUAAUUCGAUCGAAUUCAGAUUAUUAUAGCUUUUUAAUUUGAAACAAAUGGAAUAGACCUAUACACUUAGUCUGUAUCAUAUGAUCUUAUCAAGAUUUGGUUCUCUGCUCAAUAA